UCUUUGGUGGAAUACGUCCGUGCGUGCAGCGUGACUCCGGACGACGUGGCGUAGGAACCGCUAGCUUCGCCUUCAUCGCUGCUACUGCUGUAUCAGUUAGCCAGAAAACAGCAGGUUUUAAUCGUUACGAGCUUUGUAUUGUUUGAUAGAUUCUCUUGCUGCCGCCAACAUGAUUUCACUCACGGAUUCACAAAAAAUUGGGAUGGGGCUGACAGGGUUCGGUGUGUUUUUCCUCUUCUUUGGGAUGAUGCUAUUUUUUGAUAAAGCUCUCCUCGCCAUUGGAAAUAUCCUAUUUGUGUCAGGCCUGUCCUUCGUCAUCGGCCUGGAGCGAACGUUCAGAUUCUUCUUCCAGAGACACAAAGCAAAAGCCACCAGCUUCUUCCUGGGAGGAGUGUUGGUGGUUCUGAUUGGCUGGCCGAUCAUUGGCGUCGUUCUGGAGAUCUACGGUUUCUUCCUCUUAUUCAGAGGAUUCUUCCCGGUGGCAGUGGGCUUCAUCAGACGAGUACCUGUAAUCGGUUCUUUGCUCAGUUUACCAGGGAUCAGUACACUGGUGGAUAAAAUUGGUGAAAGCAACAAUAUGGUAUAACAUAGGACUGUUUUUGUAUCUGAGGAGAAUUUCAGUAUUUAUCCUAGUUUCUAAUAGUGACUGUAUAUCUUGGUCAUUGCCACUCCAGAACUGUGAAUCCAAACAAAAUGUAUCCGUGGAUGUUUGACUGACAUGAUGUUUUGUAUCUGACUGCCAAGAGAUUUUUUAUUGUAAAAGCUGGAAGCAGGUCUCCCAUUUUGUAUCAUUCCUGUCUGAUAUUUAUGGACUGAUAACUUGGGACCACUGGAUCAACUCAGCGGAGAGUCAGGAGCUCUUUGCAGCAUCCUCUCCUCCAGAUUGUGUGCCUGAACAGUCACUGAGAGCUGUUUUUUUGAGUCCCUCAAUGAAGUGUUACUGGAAUUUUGUACAUUGAAAAUAAUGUUGAGCUAAAUGUUACUUGGGCAAAGAAACCUGAACUUUUGUGGAAAAGGUUAAAGAUGCUUGUCAUGGAUAUGUUGUACUGUAACUUUUGUAAGUGCAUACUUAGAAUAAAGUGUGUAUUUUAUAAAUUUGUAUUUGUUUUUUGCUGCAGAGAUCAGUUUUAUAUGCCACACAGGAUCAUUAAUCCUU